AUGGUCCAUAUUUAACAACUGAAGAUGCAGUUGCCAUAUAUACAGCCUUAGUCAGAUGGUUAGAAAGUAGAAAAUUCAUUCAUAUUCCCUAUCCUCCUGUAAAUUAUAAACAUGAUACUAAAUUAUUCUUAUUGGCUUUAGAGAGAUUAAAGGAAGCUUAUUCAGUUAAAAGUAGAUUAAAUCAAAGUUAAAGGGAAGAAUUAGCAUUGAUAGAAUAAGCUUAUGAUAAUCCACAUGAAGCAUUGAGCAGAGUAAAGAGACAUCUAUUAACUUAAAGAGUAUUCAAAGAAGUGAGACUAGAAUUUAUGGAUCUUUAUUCUCAUUUAGUUCCUGUUUAUGAUGUAGAACCUUUAGAAAAGAUUACAGAUGCUUAUCUAGAUUAAUAUUUGUUUUAUGAAGCUGAUAAACGAAGACUAUUUCCUAAUUGGAUUAAACCAAGUGAUAGUGAACCACCUCCUUUAUUAGUAUAUAAAUGGUGUUAAGGUAUUAAUAAUUUACAUGGAAUUUGGGAUGUUUCUGAUGGUUAAUGUGUAGUAUUGUUGGAAAGUAAAUUUGAAAAGGUUUAUGAAAAGAUUGAUUAAACAUUAUUAAAUAGAUUGUUGAGAUUGAUUGUUGAUCAUAAUAUAGCAGAUUAUAUGACAGCUAAAAAUAAUGUCGUAAUUACUUAUAAAGAUAUGAAUCAUACUAAUGUUCAUGGUGUAUUACAUGGUAUCUAGUUUACUAGUUUUAUUAUGCAAUUUUAUGGUAUGGUAUUGGAUUUGUUGAUUUUGGGUUUAAAUAGAGCAUAAGAUUUGGCUGGUCCAUAUAAUAAUCCUCAUGAAUUCAUGACUUAUUCUAAUAUUCAAUAAGAAAUUAGACAUCCAAUUAGAUUAUAUUGUAGAUAUAUCGAUAAAAUAUUUAUGGUAUUCAGAUUUACAUCAGAGGAAGCAAGAGAAUUAAUUUAAAGAUAUUUAACAGAGAAUCCAGAUCCUAAUAAUGAAAAUAUUGUUGGAUAUAAUAAUAAGAAAUGUUGGCCAAAAGAUUGUAGAAUGAGAUUAAUGAAACAUGAUGUAAAUUUAGGAAGAGCUGUCUUUUGGGAUAUUAAAAAUAGAUUACCAAGAUGUUUGACUACAUUAUCUUGGGAACAUUCUUUUGUUUCUGUAUAUUCAAAGGAUAAUCCUAAUUUCUUAUUUAAUAUGUGUGGAUUUGAGGUGAGAAUCUUACCUAAGAUUAGAGGAACAUAAGAAGAAUUCUCAGAAAAAGAUGGUGUUUGGAAAUUAUAGAAUGAAUCAAGUAAAGAAAUAACUGCUGUUGCAUUUUUAAGAGUAGAUGAAGAAAGUAUGAAGAAAUAUGAAAAUAGAAUUAGAUAAAUAUUGAUGGCAAGUGGUAGUACAACAUUUACCAAAAUAGCCAAUAAAUGGAAUACAACAUUAAUAGGAUUAAUGACAUAUUAUAGAGAAUCAGCAGUUCAUACAGAAUAAUUAUUAGAUCUCUUAGUAAAAUGUGAAAAUAAGAUAUAAACUAGAAUUAAGAUAGGUUUGAAUUCUAAGAUGCCAUCACGUUUUCCACCUGUUGUAUUUUAUACUCCAAAAGAAUUAGGUGGUUUAGGUAUGUUAUCAAUGGGACAUAUCUUGAUACCAUAAUCAGAUUUGAGAUUUUCAAAAUAAACUGAUACAGGUAUUACUCAUUACAGAGCUGGUAUGAGUCAUGAUGAAGAUUAAUUAAUUCCUAAUCUAUAUAGAUAUAUCUAAACUUGGGAGAGUGAAUUUAUAGAUAGUUAAAGAGUUUGGGCUGAAUAUGCUUUAAAACGAUAAGAAGCAUAAGUAUAAAAUAGAAGAUUAACAUUGGAUGAUUUGGAAGAUAGUUGGGAUCAUGGUAUACCAAGAAUUAAUACAUUAUUCUAAAAGGAUAGAUUAACAUUAGCAUAUGAUAAGGGAUGGAGAGUUAGAUAAGAUUUCAAACAAUUUUAAAUGUUGAAAUAGAAUCCAUUUUGGUGGACUCAUUAAAGACAUGAUGGCAAAUUAUGGAAUCUCAAUAAUUAUAGAACUGAUAUGAUCUAAGCUUUAGGAGGAGUAGAAGGUAUAUUGGAACACACAUUAUUCAAGGGAACCUAUUUUCCAACUUGGGAAGGUUUGUUUUGGGAAAAGGCAAGUGGAUUUGAAGAGAGUAUGAGAUUUAAGAAAUUGACACAUGCUUAACGUUCAGGUUUGAAUUAGAUUCCAAAUAGAAGAUUCACUCUAUGGUGGUCACCUACUGUUAAUAGGGCUAAUGUAUAUAUAGGAUUUUAAGUCUAAUUGGAUUUAACAGGUAUAUUUAUGCAUGGUAAGAUACCUACAUUAAAAAUCUCAUUAAUUCAAAUAUUCAGAGCACAUUUAUGGUAAAAGAUACAUGAAAGUGUAGUAAUGGAUUUAUGUUAAGUAUUUGAUAUGGAAAUGGAAACAUUAGAAAUAGAAACAGUUUAAAAAGAAACAAUUCAUCCAAGAAAAUCUUAUAAAAUGAAUUCAUCUUGUGCUGAUAUAUUAUUAUUUGCUGCUUUCAAAUGGCCUAUUAGUAAACCUUCUUUGAUUCAUGAUACUAAAGAUACUUAUGAUGGAACUACUACAUCUAAAUAUUGGCUUGAUGUUCAAUUAAGAUGGGGAGAUUAUGAUUCUCAUGAUAUUGAAAGAUAUGCAAGAGCCAAAUUCUUAGAUUAUACUACUGAUAAUAUCAGUAUUUAUCCAUCUCCAACAGGAAUGUUAGUGGCUAUAGAUUUAGCUUACAAUUUACAUUCAGGAUAUGGUAAUUGGUUCCCCAAUUCUAAGAAUCUUAUUCUAUAAGCAAUGAAUAAAAUUAUGAAGGCUAACCCUGCUUUAUAUGUUUUAAGAGAACGUAUUCGUAAGGGUUUAUAAUUGUAUUCAUCUGAACCUACUGAACCAUAUCUAAACACUUAAAAUUAUGCUGAAUUAUUUAGUAAUUAAAUCAUCUGGUUUGUUGAUGAUACAAAUGUNCUAUAUAGAUAUAUCUAAACUUGGGAGAGUGAAUUUAUAGAUAGUUAAAGAGUUUGGGCUGAAUAUGCUUUAAAACGAUAAGAAGCAUAAGUAUAAAAUAGAAGAUUAACAUUGGAUGAUUUGGAAGAUAGUUGGGAUCAUGGUAUACCAAGAAUUAAUACAUUAUUCUAAAAGGAUAGAUUAACAUUAGCAUAUGAUAAGGGAUGGAGAGUUAGAUAAGAUUUCAAACAAUUUUAAAUGUUGAAAUAGAAUCCAUUUUGGUGGACUCAUUAAAGACAUGAUGGCAAAUUAUGGAAUCUCAAUAAUUAUAGAACUGAUAUGAUCUAAGCUUUAGGAGGAGUAGAAGGUAUAUUGGAACACACAUUAUUCAAGGGAACCUAUUUUCCAACUUGGGAAGGUUUGUUUUGGGAAAAGGCAAGUGGAUUUGAAGAGAGUAUGAGAUUUAAGAAAUUGACACAUGCUUAACGUUCAGGUUUGAAUUAGAUUCCAAAUAGAAGAUUCACUCUAUGGUGGUCACCUACUGUUAAUAGGGCUAAUGUAUAUAUAGGAUUUUAAGUCUAAUUGGAUUUAACAGGUAUAUUUAUGCAUGGUAAGAUACCAACCUUAAAAAUCUCAUUAAUUCAAAUAUUCAGAGCACAUUUAUGGUAAAAGAUACAUGAAAGUGUAGUGAUGGAUUUAUGUUAAGUAUUUGAUAUGGAAAUGGAAACAUUAGAAAUAGAAACAGUUUAAAAAGAAACCAUUCAUCCAAGAAAAUCUUAUAAAAUGAAUUCAUCUUGUGCUGAUAUAUUAUUAUUUGCUGCUUUCAAAUGGCCAAUCAGUAAACCUUCUUUGAUUCAUGAUACUAAAGAUACUUAUGAUGGAACUACUACAUCUAAAUAUUGGCUUGAUGUUUAAUUAAGAUGGGGAGAUUAUGAUUCUCAUGAUAUCGAAAGAUAUGCCAGAGCCAAAUUCUUAGAUUAUACUACUGAUAACAUCAGUAUUUAUCCAUCUCCAACAGGAAUGUUAGUGGCUAUAGAUUUAGCUUACAAUUUACAUUCAGGAUAUGGUAAUUGGUUCCCCAAUUCUAAGAAUCUUAUUCUAUAAGCAAUGAAUAAAAUUAUGAAGGCUAACCCUGCUUUAUAUGUUUUAAGAGAACGUAUUCGUAAGGGUUUAUAAUUGUAUUCAUCUGAACCUACUGAACCAUAUCUAAACACUUAAAAUUAUGCUGAAUUAUUUAGUAAUUAAAUCAUCUGGUUUGUUGAUGAUACAAAUGUUUACAGGGUUACUAUUCACAAAACAUUUGAAGGUAAUUUAACAACUAAACCUAUUAAUGGUGCUAUUAUUAUUUUUAAUCCUAAAACAGGAUAAUUGUUUUUAAAAGUUAUUCAUACAUCUGUAUGGGCAGGUUAAAAAAGACUUGGAUAAUUGGCUAAAUGGAAAACUGCUGAAGAAGUUGCUGCUCUAAUUAGAGCUUUACCAGUUGAAGAAUAACCUAGAUAAAUUAUUGUAACAAGAAAAGGAUUAUUGGAUCCAUUAGAAGUGCAUCUAUUAGAUUUCCCUAACAUUGUCAUAAAAGGAUCUGAACUUUCUUUACCAUUCUAAGCUAUACUUAAAAUUGAAAAGUUUGGAGAUUUAAUCUUAAAAGCAACUGAACCAUCCAUGGUUCUAUUUAAUUUAUAUGAUGAUUGGUUAAAGAGUGUUUCAUCAUUCACAGCAUUCUCAAGAUUAAUCUUAAUUUUGAGAGCAUUACAUGUAGCUCAUGAAAAAGCUAGAAUUAUAUUAAAACCUAAUAAGAAUGUAAUUACUUAACCUAAUCAUAUAUGGCCAACUUUGACAGAUGAUGAGUGGGUCAAAAUGGAAGUUGAACUUAAGAAUUUAAUUUUAUAAGAUUAUGCUAAAAAGAAUAAUGUAAAUGUUUAAUCUUUAACUCAAAUGGAAAUCAGAGAUAUUAUAUUGGGUAUGGAAAUGUCUGCUCCAAAUUUAUAAAAAGAAACUAUUUAAGAUAUUGAGAAGUAAGCCAAGGAAGCAGCUUAAUAAACUGCAACAACAGUCAAGACAUCAAAUGUCUUUGGAGAAGAAUUAGCAGUCUAAGUUACUAAACCUUAUGAAAAUUAAUCAUUCACUAGUCAUUCUGAUUGGAGAGUAAGAGCAAUAGCUGCCACAUCUCUUUACUUACGUACAAAUCACAUAUUUGUGAAUUCAGAUGAUAUUAAGUAAACAGGUUUUACUUAUGUUUUACCUAAGAAUAUUCUUAAGAAAUUCAUUUCAAUUGCAGAUUUAAAAACUUAAAUAGCUGCCUAUCUAUAUGGUAUCUCACCUCCAGAUAACUAAUAAGUCAAAGAAAUUAGAGCUAUUGUUAUGAUUCCUUAAAUUGGUUCAAGAGAUAAUGUGACAAUGCCUCAUUAAAUGCCAGAUUCAGAAUACCUAAGAAAUUUAGAACCUUUAGGAUGGUUGCAUACUUAAUCUACAGGUAAAUACUUAUAUUUAUUUUAGAAACAAUGCAUUUGUCAACUUAUGAUAUCACAUUACAUGCUAGAUUGAUAUAAGAGAAUUAGAGUUGGGAUGCAGAAAGAUGUAUUGUUCAAACUGUUUCAUUCACUCCUGGUUCAUGUUCAAUCACUGCUUAUAAAUUGUAUAUUAUUAUUCUUAUAUUUAAAGAACUCAUUAAGGAUUUGAAUGGGGUAAAAACAAUAAAGAUUUGAAUGCAGUUCAUCCAUCAUCAACUUAACACUUUGAAAAAGUUUAGAUCUUAUUGUCAGAUAAAUUCAGAGGAUUUUUCAUGGUAUCUAUAAUUAUUUAAUAUUAUUCAGGUUCCUGAUAAUCAUAUGUGGAAUUACAACUUUAUUGGAUUAGGAUUAGUAUAGUAAAUGAAAUAUGGACUAAUUUUAUCAAAUCCAAAAGAUUUCUAUCAUGAAGUUCAUCGUUCAAGUCAUUUCAUAAAGUUUAUUAGGAAUGAAGAUAAGGAUCAAGUAGAUGAAGCAGAUAAUGAAGAUUUUUUAUCUUGA